GGCACCAGUGUAACAAUCCCAGUCGUGGUGUAAGAUCAAGGUCACGGCCGAGUAAACCAAAGUUAGUCUCAAGGACGGAGCUGCUGGGCCUGCGUUCCUGGUAAACCAAUAGCCAGUGUCUACUUGGCUCUCUCACCACACACCCCUCUCCUCUGGGACCCAGCUAGGUUAGGGAUCCUAGAGGGCUGGCUCUAGGCUGUACCUUUGUAUCCAGGAGUUCUUCUCCCCUGUAUUUCUCUUCUUUCACUUUUCUCAUUCUGUUUAUACCCUCCCAACCCCUGGCCAUCUCAUCCUCUGAUCCUGCCUCCUGUUUACUCUCUCAUCUGUUUCACCUUCACCAGUCCCCAGGAUCUCUGAUAUUCUAAGCACGGUGAGGAGGGGUUCAGGGCCCCCAGAAGCUGAGGGGCCCCAGCCAGUCAUGCCCCAGCCAUGUCCGUCUCCAUCUCUCCUAAGCUCCCUGCCUGUCCUGUCCCCCAGGAUCUCUGACAUUCUAAACCCAGUGAGGAGGGGUUCAGGGCCCCUGGAAGCCGAGGGGCCACUACCGGCCGUCCCCCAGCCUUGUCCGUCUCCGACUUUCAUGAGUCCCCUGCCAUUCCCAUCCCCCAGGAUCUCUGACAUUCUAAGUCCAGUGAGGAGGGGUUCAGGGACACCGGACGCUGAGGGACCCCAGCCAGCUGUGCCCCAGUCCUGUCCAUCUCCAUCUCUCCUAAGCCCCCUGCCCACCUCGUGUAAGUAACUGUCUUUUAGGUGGUCCUCCCUGCUGCUUUGCUAUAUGGGCAAGCACUGGUUUUCAGAGGACAGCUAUGGCUUUUCCAUCUGUGAGACAACGGAGGGGGGUGACAGGGAAAACCAAAAAGGGGCUAGGUGCCCAAGAGGAAUGAUGCCAGCUAGGCUUUUGUCUCCACAUUGGUGCUCCUGAGGGCAUUGUGAAGAGGAUGGAAUGGGUCUUGAGAUCUUGGGUUUAUUCCAUUACUUACCAGGAGGGUAGAGAUGAAGGUAAUAGUAGUGGAAAGAAGAUGUUGUAUAUUUGCAAGUGUGUGUGAUCAUACAUCCAAGGUAUGGAAUUGGAGUUGGGGGGAGGCUGUAUAUACACAGAUGGCCAGGCCAGUAUCUGAGAGUGGGGAGAACCUCAGUCUCCUCCUGAAAAUCAUGGACAUGUCACAGGUUCACAAAGUGUAAAAAAUAGUUAUAGGAUCAGAGAUUCACAGAUUUGGAACUGGCGAGGCCCUUAGGUCUAACCCCUUGGAUUUUAUAGAUGAGGAACUAAAGGCCAGAGGGUUUGGGGGACUUAUCCACACAGGUAGUAACAGAGGCAGGAUUUGAACCUUGGCCCUCUGAUUCCAGAGCUGAGGUCUUUCCAGGGUAUCUCAAUGCCUCUUAUCAGAUCCAUGGGAGCAAGGUGGAGUUGAUGUGUUGGGGGAGGGGAGGUAGUAUGUUGGUUUAUAUAGGGAUUCAAUGGGGUGGAAAGUGAUCUCUAGUGACUCUGAGGUGGUAAGUGUGGCAACAGCAGGGCUGGGAGACCGAGAUUCGGGGAAGCCAGAAAAAGCUCUGGCAGAAGUGGAGGUGGAAACCCAGGUUGGGGUGGUUCAGGUCAAUCUUCAGGGUAAUGUAUUGUUGAUGUAGCAUAAUGGAGCUGGCAUUGUGCUAGAGCUCCCCUCCUCUCCAGUGGCCCAGAGCAGUCUGGGAAUUGAGCAUGGGUUGUUUCCUGGGCCACCUCUCAGCAUCAUGAGCCUGGUGCCUGCCUGCUUGCCCUGAGCCAUCCAGAGUGACAGUAUCACUUACAGGGAUGGAUGACAAGAUGGGGCACCAGCAGCCACGGGGAAAACACCAGGGAGACAAGCAGAACUGAGAUACUCUCCGAUAAGGAGAGCUCUCGGCAACAGGGGAAACUAAAGCACGGGGGACAGGGGACAGGAAUGGCAGGGCGGUCCUCAGGUAAGCUUCUACUCUGGAGGGGAUUUCAUAGACCAUUCUGCCAGAGAGGGCCGAGCCAGAGCUAGGCUUGGUCCUCCUGUUGCUCUUGCUGCUGCCAACGAGCCCUGAAAUACAAGGGCAUAGCCUCUCCUGGGGGCUUCCUAAAAUUAGAGAACGAGAGUCUCUUUGUGUGGCUUGGGGCAAGGAUUAGCUUGCCACAGUACUGAGAUCCAGAACUGACCUAGAACCUGGAGUCAGUUCCCUGGAAAAUGGGGCUCCCUGGUGCUUAACACAAUACCUGGCCCAUAUUAGGCACUUACUUAACAAUGAUUUAUUAACUGACUAACUGCCUGGUGCUUACCAGAAUCAGUCAGUCUAUAGAAGUUGGGGAAGAGAGAUGUAUUUACAAAAAGAGGAAAAGAAAAGGGCGGUAGGGAGGGAUAAACAGAACAGAAAAGGUCUGAGGAAAUAAAUCCUGGGAGGGAAAAUAGGAGGCAGAAAAUGCAUGGUGGGGUAAAGGGGGAAAUUUUGAAGAAUAGAACUGAGCAUUCACACUCGAUGCAGAAGGUAAUAA